ACUUGCCACAGUCUGUCGACCGCAUUGGCGCGCGCGCAUUCCAUAUUUGAACUUGUUCGAAUUUAAAUUCAAAUUUAAAUUGUGUUUUGUGUUCGAAUGUAUAGUGAUGUAGAUUAUAAAUGGGGAACUUCCAGAGAUGAAAUGAAGAAUAGGGCUGUGGUGCCUUGUAAAUUGCCAGUGGUAAUCGGGAAAAUAUUUCUUCGUUGGAUCUUCACUAAAGCUGAUCUGGUUUGUUUUGUUUACCGGCUAGUCUGUUAUCGCAGUAUUGUAUGGUAUGCGUGUCAUCUACAAGUCCGGUCAUCGAUGAACAGCAGCAGUGUUGAUUUUUUCGAAAGCCUAAUCGACGAAGAUGGACGCUUCUCGGAACUCAACUGCCAGGAUCCUCCGCAAUACCGCCACCGGUCACGGCACAGGCCAAUGAUCCAAGCGGAAAAUAUAAAUAAUGGCGGUGAGUUGUCCCUGUCUCCACCACAUACGAUAUCCCAACGUGAGACAGGAACUCAGGUGUCUCAAUGCUACAGUGGUCCACCUUCACCAAGUGGUAUUGUCAGUACAACCCCAUCACCAAUAUCGUCACCUGCCCCACCGCCAGGAACUGCCACCCUCGACCCUAACUGGCAGGCAACUAAACCCACAGUGAGGGAACGGAAUGCAGCUAUGUUUAAUAACCAACUUAUGUCAGAUAUAACUUUUAGAGUUGGAAGUCCAGAUCAUAUUCAAGUCAUACCAGCGCACAAAUAUGUAUUAGCUACAGCAAGCUCAGUAUUCUAUGCAAUGUUCUAUGGAGGGCUAGCAGAGUGCAAACAAGAAAUUGAAGUACCCGAUGUUGAGCCAUCUGCUUUCCUAACUCUUCUAAAAUAUUUGUACUGUGAUGAAAUCCAACUAGAAGCAGAUACUGUGCUGUCUACACUCUAUGUCGCAAAGAAGUACAUAGUGCCACAUUUAGCAAGAGCCUGUGUUACAUAUUUAGAGACUAGUUUGACAGCAAAAAAUGCUUGCCUAUUAUUAAGCCAAUCAAGGCUUUUUGAAGAACCAGAGUUGAUGCAGAGAUGUUGGGAAGUUAUUGAUGCCCAGGCCGAGAUGGCUCUUACUUCUGAAGGCUUUGUGGAUAUUGAUGUGUCGACUUUAGAGUCAGUAUUAGCUAGAGAAACACUAAAUUGCAAGGAGAUCAACUUGUUUGAAGCUGCUCUAGCAUGGGCGCAUGCUGAAUGUGUGCGAAGAGAAAUCGACCCUACAUCAACGAAUAAGAGAGCUAUGCUCGGAAGUGCCAUAUAUCUGAUUAGAUUUCCUACAAUGAGCCUUGAAGAAUUUGCAAACAGUGCCGCUCAACUUGGAAUUUUGACUCCACAAGAGACAAUUGACAUAUUUCUGCAUUUUACGGCUGCUAGCAAGCCACAACUAUCUUAUCCUGUCAAACAAAGGGCUGGACUUAAAGCACAGAUUUGCCAUAGAUUCCAAUCUUGCGCUUAUAGAAGCAACCAAUGGAGGUACCGCGGCCGCUGCGACUCCAUACAAUUUUGUGUAGACAAGAGAAUAUUUGUUGUUGGAUUUGGAUUGUAUGGAUCUUCAAAUGGUGCAGCUGACUACAAUGUCAAAAUUGAGUUGAAGCGUCAAGGCAGAAUCUUAGCUGAGAACAACACUAAGUUCUUCUCUGAUGGGUCAAGUAACACAUUCCAUGUGUACUUUGAGAAUCCGAUACAAAUUGAGCCAGAGUACUUCUACACUGCCUCAGCCAUAUUAGAUGGUAGUGAGCUGAGUUACUUUGGACAAGAGGGACUAAGUGAGGUGUACAUGGGAACUGUUACAUUCCAGUUUCAUUGUUCAUCUGAAAGUACCAAUGGGACAGGAGUUCAAGGUGGUCAGAUACCCGAGCUAAUUUACUAUGGUCCAACUGUGAACUCUGCAAUGACAAACUCAAAUGAAGACUGACAAUUGACCAGAACUCGGCCCUUCAAUCAUUACUCUGUAUAAUAAUUCAGCAAAUCAAGCUCAAUUUGACCCAGGAAUACUUCUAUUUAACUCAUUGCUAUACUUAACCAUUCCCAUGUUAAAUUGUUAUGUUAAAAUUUAAAAGUUCUUGUGUAUAUUGUUGAUUAGGAACUAAGGCAGGAACCUAAGAUUGUGAUAUGGGUGUUGUAAAAGCUCUCUAUAAUAUGUAACUAGAUGCAGACAAAUCCUAAUGCAAAUUAUUGUCAUGAACAUUAAAUCUUGGAUUUGUUUACUAGUUGCCUUUGCCCUUAUAUAAUUAAAUUAGGUCACAGACUACACAUAAUGUAGGCUUAAAUUAUUCUUAGUAUUAGUAAAUAUAUGAAUAUAAAACUUAAAUAUU